GUAGAACUGAGAGUCAUAGGAAAAAAGAAGAAAGUCCCAAGAAGAGUUAUCCACUUUGUUAGUGGUUAAACAAUGGAAGAAUAUAGUACAGAUGAAGAUGAAGUUGAUGGCCUGGAGAAGAAAGAUGUUUUGCCUACUGUUGAUCCGACAAAACUUACCUGGGGCCCCUACUUAUGGUUUUACAUGCUUCAGGCUGCCACCUCAACCCUCUCAGUGUGUGACUUUCUUGGAGAGAUGAUUGCCUCUGUUUUGGGCAUCAGCAUCCCAAAAUAUCAGUAUGCCAUUGAUGAGUAUUACCAGAUGAAGAAAGAAGAAGAGGAAGAAGAAGAAAACAGGUUGUCUGAAGAAGCAGAAAGACAAUUUCAACUGAAUAACGUACAGGCCGAUAUAAUUGUUCAGAGAGGUCAGCCAGAAACUGGUAUCCAGUUCCUUUGUGAAUCUUAACUUUGAGAUGGAGGGAGACUGUGAACUAAUUAUGGAAAGCAAGCAAAACCCAGCCUCUGCCCCACCAUAAAAUCAGAUGACUAUAAAACUUUAUACACUAAGGGAUUUUUUAUACCAGAACCUUUUCUCAUUC